AUGGAUGAGAAAUAUUCAGCACUGUUGUCUUGCAGGGAGGCAGAGGAGCGACAAGCGCAUGGUGGAGAUCAUGAGGGAGCACCAGGAGGGAAUUUCGGCGGAUUUGCUGGUGGAAUGCCCGGCGGCAUGCCUAACCUCCAGAACAUAUUCUCUGACCCAGAGAUAAUGGCUGCAUUUCAAGACCCUGAAACUGUGAAAGCUUUCGAAGACGUCAGCACCAACCCGGCAAAUAUCGCAAAGUAUAAGGACAAUCCAAAGGUCAUGGGACUGCUGACCAAGAUGGCUGCAAGCAUGGGUGGCACUGGUGGCAUACCAGGCAUGCCUGGGAUGGCAGGAAUGGGAGGUAUGGGAGGUAUGGGAGGAGGUUUCCCUGGAGCCUUCCCAAGUGGUGCUUCCUCACCGGGUACCACACCAACUGCGGAGUCCGAGGGCAGUCGACCAACAGCAACUGGACCAGCUCCUUCCAUGGAUGAAAUCGACUAACUCUUCACUGUAUUACGUUAUGGGUAAACGCAGGGAUAUAAGGCCCUCGUCACUCUCUCGCAUGAUACCAUUUCAUUCAUUUAGUCCAUUCUGUAGAUUUAUCAACAGGAAUGUACUGUUCCCCGGUGUGUUCUUUUUGGUCCAAUGUUGGAAUUGUUGGUGUUCCUAAUCAUUACCACUUUUGUAAGGCUUUGCAAGCUUU